AUGAUGCUGUCUCUCGCUGUAUUUUCUACAGUGAGUGGGAUUCGCCCUGGAAAGAGAGAGAGAGAGGCCAAGGUUCUCGCUCUGGUUCAAAAUUCAAACAGCCAAGAAUGUUCAUGCGCUGCUGGUCUGACACUCUCCGCCGUCAUCCUCCUUGCCCUCCCUCUCCAGGCCCUUGCAUCGACAUGCUACUUCUGCGAGAAUACUCCUCACGUCGGAGCAGUCAAGCCAACCUACGACUGCGGGAAAAAGUGCCAUAAGAAGAAUUACAACACUCACUUCUCCAACUACCACUGUUGGAUGGAUGGCAGAAACCCUACCUGCUUCAAGAACUGCUGCAAGAGAGGCGGAAAGCAAUUUGUGGUCUGUGUACAUAACUACUUAGCAGACAUAGUAAUACAACUAAUCGAAAACUCCCGCUGUCCCUCAAAUCGUGAACUUCAUCAAGAAGCCGCGGUUGCAUGCAGUUGUGCAUCUCCGACGAAUAUCCUUGAUAUUGUAACAUGA